CACCACUUUUUCUUUCAAGCUGUGCUGUUGAAGUUGAAUUAUCUUUCGUGUACCAGUGGAUUUGGGCCUCUGAGGGACGUCAACAUGAAGGUGCCUCAUUCGUCUCUGAUCACCUUUGCUCUACUGUUGAGUCAACUCUCCAGUGCAUCAGGGGGCAAAAUCCUGGUGUUCCCAUUGGAUGGAAGCCAUUGGGUAAACAUGAAAGUACUUGUAGAGGAACUGCAUACCAAAGGCCACGAGGUCACUGUGGUUCGGACGUCCGAUAGCUGGUACAUCAGUGAAAAGUCUCCUCUCUACACCUCUGUCACUAUUCCCAGCCCUAAUGGAUUUCAGGAAAACUUUGAUACUUUUUUGUCUCAACUGCUAGAGGUCCGGCUUCAGGGUAAGCACACAUCUUUUUGGUCUAACAUCUGGAAUCAUAUUCAGAGGCAGCGGGUCAUCAUGGACCAGUUCUCUGAGUUCCAUAAGGGCAUGAGUGAAAUGGUCGUUCAGAUGUUUGAAGAUGAAGACCUGAUGCAGACUUUACAUCGAGCCAAAUAUGAUGUGGUUUUGACUGACCCUAGCAUCGGCGGAGGGGCAAUGCUGGCCCAUCGGCUCCAACUUCCUCUUGUUUUCAAUGUCAGAUGGACCAUUGAAGGUGAAGCUCAUUUCCUUAUUGCUCCCUCACCUCUGUCAUACAUUCCAUUCACUUCAACGGAGUUGACACAUAAGAUGACCUUCCCUCAAAGGGUAAAAAAUGUUUUGAGUUAUAUCAUUGGGAUGUACGUGCUAUCAUGCAUCUCAGAACCUAAUUACAAACCGGUAGUUGAGAGGUACUUUGGCCCUGGUGUGGAUUACUCAGCAUUUUUCCUGGAUGCUGACAUAUGGCUUAUGAGGAACGAUUUUGUCUUUGAAUUUCCACGUCCAACAAUGCCAAAUAUAGUCUACAUAGGUGGAUUUCAGUGCAAGCCCCCAAAGCCCCUCCCUGCCGACCUGGAUGAUUUUGUCCAGAGUUCUGGAGAUCAUGGGGUCAUAAUUAUGACCUUAGGAACUUUAGUCGGGAGUCUUCCACAAGACAUUGCCGAGGAGAUUGCUGCAGCUUUUGCCCAACUGCCUCAGAAGGUUGUGUGGAGGUAUAUCGGACAAAGGCCAGCCAACCUGGGAAACAACACAUUAAUGGUCAACUGGCUACCACAGAAAGACCUCUUAGGACAUCCCAGAACUAGAGUGUUUGUGACCCACGGAGGCACUAAUGGGGUUCAGGAAGCAAUUUACCACGGAGUUCCUGUAGUUGGGCUGCCCUUAUUCUAUGAUCAGCCUGAUAACCUCUCCAGAAUCAGAGCAAAGGGAGGAGCUGUGAUUGUGGAUAUUGCCAUGCUUGAUAGACACAUUUUUGCAGAUGCCCUAAUGACAGCUCUUCACAAUUCCUCGAUCAGGGAAAACAUGCAGACACUCUCAAAGCUGCACAGAGAUCAGCCCAUGAAACCACUGGACCAGGCUGUGUUUUGGAUAGAAUAUGUCAUGAGACAUAAAGGAGCCUGUCAUCUGCAGACACAGUUCAACAAAAUGUCCUGGUUUGUUUACAAGUCUGUGGAUGUCAUUGCUGCUUUGUUUACAGUUGGUUUGCUUAUAAUGUUCACCAGCAUUUCAAUUGUAAGGUUGUUGUGGAGAAUUAUUUUUGUUGGGAACAAAGUUAAACAUGAAUGACAUGAAAAAUAAAAUGUUUGUUUUAUGUGUGAAAUCUAAGCACUAUCAAUAACCCAAUAUUUAUUUUUGUGUGUCAAGUUGAUAAAGUUGAAAGACAGGAAAAAUACUGGAUGAAAUCUUUUUGAUUCAUAAAAUGUGAAGAAAUAGCUGUCUGUUGACAAAAUUAAGGCUUAUGACCUUACUAUAAAAAAUAAAGGGUUAAUGUGUUUUGUAACAAAUAUUAAUAUCAUAUAAAUAUAAAUGCAAUAGAUGUUUAUCACUUACCACCUAACUGUUUGGACAAUAGAUCUUUAGAAUUAAUGUUUCUGUUAGCUAAUAUGAGUUAUGGAUGUGGAUGAUAAUGGAAACAUGAACUGAAUAUUAAAGCUGCAAGCAGCGUUGGGCGGGCCCUCGCACUUGUAGCGCGCCCGCGUGUG